AUGCCUGUCGAACUAAGCUCUGUACCGAUCAGCGUUCGAGGCCGCUAUUUCUGGAGAGGGGAUGAGAGAAUUGCUCUAUACAAAGACCUCGCCAUUCCUGCAUUCCUGUCAGAGUACGGCUCGCAUACAGACCAACCUCGGCAGUUCUACGAUACCAAGGCUCUAUACUCAAACCCCAUGACCAGAGUUUUCUCUGGCGGUUGUGUUUACGACUUUGUGGAGGGUGGCAACCGCUACGGCCUAGUAGUAACACCAGGAACAAACUUACCGUUUGGACACUACCAGAGCAGCAAAGUGAUCGAGACACGAACCACGGACCAGGGCACUCUCUACAUCNUAUCAGACUUUGCAAACUACAAAGCAGCCCUGNCUGCGUCUACAGACAACGACCCGAGCUGGGGCGUCACAGAGUAUCCAGCGGCAGAGGGACACAACUUUGACGUUGCACAGAUGAGCUGGCCAUGGGGAGCCGAAUACCAAAUGCCUGCUAUGUGCAUAGACUGGGAUAAUCUUGAGAAGCUUGUCGGGCGCGAGAGGGAAUUGUCUCUCGGAACCACGACUCAGAAGCUCGAGGGUACAUCAAUCACUUGA